ACGGGGGCGGACCGGCAGGCGGGCGGGCGGGAGCUCGCUGGCUACCUCUUUGCUCGCUCGCGCGCGCUCCCUCUCGCCGCCUGUGGGGAAGUCGGGGCAGCCCCCGCGGCCGCCGCUACAGCCUCGCCCCGACCUCCUCCCAGUCCUUUCCUGGUUCAGUCCCUCCCGCGUACCCCCGAGUACUGAGUGGCCCCGCGGAAGGUUCGGAGAGUCACCGGGGCGGCGCCGGGUGGUGUUUAAACCAUGUUAAGGAGGAUUUUGCAGAGGACUCCUGGGAGAGUUGGCUCUCAAGGUUCUGAUUUGGAUUCAUCAUCAGCUCCUAUAAACACAGUGGACGUCAAUAAUGAAAGCUCUUCAGAGGGUUUCAUCUGUCCAUUAUGUAUGAAAAGAUGUAUAACUGCUAUUGAUUUGUCGGAGCAUUACCAGAAAGUGCACGCUGAAAAUGAGACAAGAGGACAGGAACUUCUUCUUAAUGACUCCAGUGUUACUGGUUUCAUAUGUCCCCAGUGUAUGAAAUCUCUUGGAUCCGCUGAUGAACUUUUCAAACACUAUGAGGCAGUCCACGAUGCUGGUAAUGAUUCGAGUCAUGGAGGGGAAGCUCUGGCUCUGAAGCGAGAUGACAUAACACUACUCAGACAAGAGGUCCAAGACCUACAGGCUUCACUUAAGGAGGAAAAAUGGUACUCAGAAGAAUUAAAGAAAGAAUUAGAAAAAUUUCAAGGGCUGCAGCAGCAAGAGUCUAAACCUGAUGGAUUAGUGGCUGAUUCAUCAGCAGAACUACAGUCUCUGGAACAGCAGUUAGAAGAAGCCCAAACAGAAAAUUUUAAUAUUAAGCAAAUGAAAGACUUAUUUGAACAGAAAGCAGCCCAACUUGCCACUGAAAUUGCAGAUAUAAAGUCAAAAUUUGAUGAAGAAAGGAGUCUUCGAGAAGCUGCUGAACAGAAAGUAACACAUGUAACGGAAGAAUUAAACAAAGGAGCAACUAUAAUUCAAGAUCUAAAGACUGAACUGCUUCAGAGACCUGGAAUAGAAGAUGUUGCUGUGCUUAAGAAAGAACUGGUCCAAGUUCAAACGCUAAUGGACAACAUGACCUUGGAACGAGAGAGAGAAUCUGAAAAACUCAAAGAUGAAUGCAAAAAGUUACAAGCAGAACAUGCUUACUCACAGGCCACAAUAAACCAGCUGAGGAGUGAACUUGCCAAAGGCCCCCAGGAAGUUGCUGUGUAUGUGCAGGAACAACAAAGACUUAAAAGUUCAGUUAAUGAAUUAACACAAAAAAAUCAGAACUUGACUGAAAAGUUGCAGAAGAAAGAACUGGACUAUACUCAGUUAGAGGAGAAACAUAAUGAAGAAUGUAUGAGUAAAAAGAAUAUACAAGCAAGCCUUCAUCAAAAAGACCUAGAUUGUCAACAGCUUCAGUCAAGGUUAUCUGCAUCUGAAACCUCACUGCAGAGAAUACAGGCAGAGCUAGGUGAAAAGGGAGAGGCUACUCAAAAGCUCAAAGAAGAAUUAUCAGAAGUGGAGACCAAGCACCAGCAUCUUAAGGCAGAGUUUAAACAACUACAACAACAGAGAGAAGAAAAGGAACAGCAUGGAUUACAACUCCAAAGUGAAAUUAAUCAAUUACACAGCAAACUUCUGGAGACGGAGCGCCAACUAGGGGAAGCUCAUGGUAGGCUGAAGGAACAGAGACAGCUUUCAAGUGAAAAGCUGAUGGAUAAAGAACAACAAGUGGCUGAUCUACAGCUCAAACUUUCUCGUUUAGAAGAAGAGUUGAAGGAAAAAGUAACAAAUUCCACAGAAUUGCAGCAUCAGUUAGAUAAAACAAAGCAACAGCAUCAAGAACAACAAGCUCUUCAGCAAAGCACUACAGCAAAACUUCGUGAAGCUCAGAAUGAUUUAGAACAAGUACUACGUCAAAUUGGUGAUAAGGACCAAAAGAUCCAGAACCUUGAAGCCUUAUUACAGAAGAGUAAAGAAAAUAUUUCUUUACUAGAAAAGGAAAGAGAAGACCUUUAUGCAAAAAUUCAGGCUGGUGAGGGAGAGACUGCUGUUCUUAACCAGUUACAAGAAAAAAACCAUACAUUACAAGAACAAGUAACUCAACUAACAGAGAAGCUGAAGAAUCAGUCAGAAAGUCAUAAACAAGCCCAGGAGAAUUUGCAUGACCAGGUGCAAGAGCAGAAGGCACAUCUCAGAGCUGCACAGGACCGCGUCCUUUCCCUAGAAUCCAGCAUUAAUGAAUUAAGUAGUCAAUUAAAUGAAAGCAAGGAGAAGGUCUCCCAGCUUGAUAUACAGAUUAAAGCCAAAACUGAAUUAUUGCUGUCAGCAGAAGCAGCAAAAACUGCUCAAAGAGCAGAUCUUCAAAAUCAUUUGGACACAGCCCAAAAUGCAUUACAAGAUAAACAGCAGGAGUUAAAUAAGAUCACUACUCAGUUGGAUCAGGUCACUACAAAGUUGCGGGAUAAGCAAGAACAUUGCAGUCAGCUGGAAAGUCAUCUUAAAGAAUAUAAAGAGAAAUACCUCUCUUUAGAACAGAAAACUGAAGAACUGGAAGGUCAAAUUAAGAAACUAGAAGCUGAUACUCUUGAAGUUAAAGCAAGCAAGGAGCAAGCUUUGCAGGAUCUACAAGAGCAAAGACAGCUGAACACAGAUUUAGAACUUAGAGGCACAGAAUUGAGUAAACAACUUGAAAAGGAGAAAGAAACAGUAUCCAAUACAAAGUUGGAUCUACAGAAGAAAUCUGAAGUGCUUGAAAAUAUUAAGCAAAUGCUUACCAAGCAAGAAGAAGAAAAAAAAGUCCUUAAACAAGAAAUUGAAAAUUUAAGUCAAGAUGCAAAGAUGCAGCACAAGGAAUUGAAUAACAAAAUUCACACAGCAGUAACAGAACUACAAAAAGUGAAGAUGGAGAAAGAAACUCUAGUAGCAGAGCUUUCUGCAGCAAAAGAGAAAUUAUCAGAAGUUUCUGAUUCUUUGAAGAACUCCAAAAGUGAAUUUGAAAAGGAAAAUCAGAAAGGAAAAGCUGCUGUAUUAGAUUUGGAGAAAACGUGCAAAGAAUUAAAGCAACAACUUCAAGUACAGACAGAAAGCACGCAUAAGGAACAGAAUGAAUUGAAAAAGUCACUUGAAAAAGAGAAGGAGACUUCUCAUCAGCUGAAGCUGGAGCUCAGUUCAAUGCAGGGACAAGUCAUACAGGCCCAGAAUAGUUUAACACAAAAGGAAAAAGAAGAACAACAACUUCAGAGUAACAUAAAUGAGCUAAAGCAAUUGACUGAACAGAAGAAAAAGCAAAUUGAAGCACUCCAAGGAGAGGUUAAAAUUGCUGUUUCACAGAAGACAGAACUUGAGAGUAAACUACAGCAGCAGUCAACACAAGCAGCACAGGAACUUGCAGCAGAGAAAAAGAAAGUAUCAGUGUUACAAAAUACCUAUGAAAAAAGUCAGGAAAGUCUAAAACAGCUUCAGUCUGAUUUCUAUGGGAAGGAAUCUGAACUUCUUGCCACAAGGCAAGAUCUUAAGUCUGUAGAAGAGAAGCUUUCUCUAGCACAGGAGGACUUGAUUUCAAAUAGAAAUCAAAUUGGAAACCAAAAUAAAUUGAUUCAGGAACUGAAGACCACCAAGGCUACUUUGGAGCAAGAUUUAGCAAAGAACGAACAGCAAUUGAAGGAGCAGAGUAAAGCACUACAGGAUAUACAGAAAGAAAAGUCACUGAAAGAAAAAGAACUAGUAAAUGAAAAAUGUAAAUUGGCAGAGAUAGAGGAAAUUAAGUGUAGACAAGAAAAAGAAAUUGCUAAAUUGAGUGAAGAACUCAAGUCUCACAAGCAAGAAAGUAUAAAGGAGGUAACAAAUCUCAAGGAUGCCAAACAGCUUUUGAUUCAGCAGAAAUUAGAGCUUCAAGGGAAAGUCGAUUCCCUGAAGGCAACCCUUGAACAGGAGAAGAAAACCCAGCAAAUGCUAAAAGAGCAGAUGAAAAAGGAAGAAGAUGAGCUGAAGAAAGAAUUUAUGGAGAAGGAAGCUAAACUGCUUUCCGAAAUAAAAGAAAAAGAAGUAGGAAUGAAGCAGCAUGAAGAAAACGAGGCUAAACUUACCAUGCAGAUUACAGCAUUAAAUGAAAACUUGGGCACCAUAAAGAAGGAGUGGCAGUCUAGUCAACGGAGAGUUAGUGAGCUUGAGAAACAGACGGACGACUUACGGGGUGAAAUUGCAGUAUUGGAAGCAACGGUUCAGAAUAAUCAAGAUGAAAGGAGGGCACUACUAGAAAGGUGUCUUAAAGGAGAAGGUGAAAUAGAAAAGCUUCAAACCAAAGUACUAGAAUUGCAAAGAAAGCUGGAUAAUACAACUGCAGCAGUGCAGGAACUGGGCAGAGAGAAUCAGUCCCUUCAAAUCAAACAUACACAAGCAUUGAAUAGAAAGUGGGCUGAAGACAAUGAAGUACAAAACUGUAUGGCCUGUGGGAAAGGCUUUUCAGUAACCGUGAGACGGCAUCACUGCAGACAAUGUGGAAAUAUCUUCUGUGCUGAGUGUUCAGCCAAAAAUGCCUUAACUCCUUCUUCCAAGAAGCCUGUUCGUGUCUGUGAUGCAUGUUUCAAUGACUUGCAAGGAUAAUGGGUUAUCGCAACUUCAGACAUCUUCAAGAAUCUGAAUUUGCUUUUUUAAUGGAUCUGCUUUUUUCAAGGUAAUUUGGUUUAACCUUCUCAAGCAUAACUCACCUUCACUGUAAUUGUUUUAUAGAUUUUGCAUCUUAAAGCUAGUAACUGAUAUUGCUAUAGUCUUCUCUGUGAAAACAAAUGCAAAAUGGUAAGGAGACAUUAAAUAUUCUGCUUUAUAUUUUCUGCUUUAUAUUCUCUUCUUACCUAAUAGGGAAGAAUUUUUUAAAAUUUUAAAUUUGACUUAAAUUUUAAAAGGUUCUGAAUUUGGGGUUCCAUUAUCAACUGUGUAUCUGUUUACUUUGCAAAAAUAAUGCUAUGAAAUUACCUUGAAAUAACAGUUGGAUAAUAGAGUAUCGCCAAAAACAGAUGUAUUUAGGAAUCCCCAAAUUAUAACUAGAACUGAAACAGAAUGGCAAAUUGAAGGUAAUUAAAAAUUAGCUUAUUUGGAUGCUGAACGAUGGAAUUGAACUUUAUCAGUCUUAUUAAUUUGGAAAAUUGGAGAACAUCUGAAGAGAAAACUCAUUAAUAUUGGUUUAUUACUCUAAGAAGAAAUGUAAAGAUAUAUAUUCAUUCAGUGCAAUCAUUUGGUAAUAGGGAAGGAUGGGAGCUAAUAUUUCAUUUACAAUACAUAGUUUAUGAUGUACACUUGCUUUCAAAUAUCAUGCUGAAAUGAAAUUAUCAUGUUUAUGCUCUUCCUAUAAUGUAUACAAACAAAGAGAUUGCCAUAUAUUCAUUUAAUUAUUUAAAAAACCCAUUUAAGUAAACUCUUGUCAGUAGCUACUAAGGACCCUGAUUGAGUCCCUGGACUCGGAUAAACAUAUAUCCUUGAGUGUAUGGAACGAAGAAAUACAGUGGAUCUUUCUUUAUUAAAAAUAAGUUGGAUAGUAAAAAUUGAGCUAAAUUAUUUAUGCCUUUUCAUAUAAAUUCUUUCAAAUAGUCUUAAUUCUACACUUAUAAUUAAUAAGCAUGUUGGAAAAACAUUCACAGCACCAUUAUUAUUUUUUUAUGAUAUGAAACUUCACGGGGAUUCUUCUGACUUAGAAUAUUUGUUCACUCAUCUCCCAAUUGGGUGCACUGAAGGCCUUUCCCUGUCUUCUCCCCCCACCCACAUAUUCAUAAAAAAUUGUGGGAACAAAUACAACCGUAUGUAUUUGAGUGAUUUUCUACUUUUCAUCUAGCUAAUCUCACUUCCUAGGCCCCAAAUAAUUAGGCUAUUAUAUUUAGAAAUGAAACUUAAUAUUUUGCUAUUAAUCUCACCAAUAAGAUGUUUUGGAAACAAAAAUUAAAGGGUUUUCUGUUUCUUUUAAUUAAAAAGUCAUCUUCUGAGUGCUUAUUGGUUCGACAUGUUAGAUGUCUGCUGGUACUAUUUGUCAGUGAUUUAGAGCUGGCACGUAUGGAGUCCCAGCUCUCAGCUCUAAUGCAAAGCCUAUUGGCAUCACGUGUUAGUAAAUUCUAAACCCAAGCACAGAAACGUGAGUUAAAAUCAAGUCUUGCUGGGUUAGUGUACAAUAAACUACACCUACAGAAUUUUUAGUAGAAAGAAGACAAAGCUGCUGGUAUAGGAUUUAUUUUGAAGAAAAGAGGGCAACAAACACAAAAACCUCAAUGCAGUGUAUAAUUUUGUUCAACUACCUCUUAAUGUGGAAUUAUUAGCUAGUUUAAUAGUUUCUUCACGGUAAUGUUACAUAGUAACUGCCAAAUUUGUUAGUUCCCCAUCUCUCUUGAAAAGGCUUUAUGAUUAUUUUAUAGUUUUGGGAACUUUAAAGCCACUUUUUUUUAACCUUGCAUUUGCAUAAAGAUGUUUAGCUUUUAAGUGGAAAGCAAAUUAUGAUCAUAUAUUUUGAUAUUCAUGACCUAUUUGACUAUAGCAGUUUUUUUAAAAUGCACUUUGGCUAUGAAACCAUGGAUGAUUUGAUCCAUAAAAUUUAAACGUGCCAUCAAUUUAGUAUUCCUAGACAAGAGCUUGAUGAAUGGUAUUCUGUAAUUAUAUAAUGUACCACACAUUAUUGUCUUAAUUGCCCUUUGCCUGAAUUUUAAUGAUCAGUUAUUGUUGCAAAUGUGAAUACUGUGCAUAAACUUACUAAAUUUAUGUAAAAUUGUAUAAAAUAGAAUUGGAAAUAGCUAGGUUCUCUCCCUGUAGAAGUAGUGAAUUUACUGUACCAUGAUGCAGUUAUGUAUAUGACAUUCUGUAUUUCUUGAACUGGAUCAUAUAUUCAUAACUUCUGUAGAUACUUUUGCAUGAAUAUUUUGUUUAGUUUUUGGAUUCAUUGUAUUGUUUACUACUUGUGAUCAUGUAGUUGUGCCUUAUUUGUGAGAGAGUUUAGCUCAGUAAAUACUGUGGUUUCUAAACUCAGUGAGUGGAAGGUUAUUGAUUAUAAAUGUAACUGAUAAAUUAUAUAACAUUUGAAUCUGUAUAAAGAACAAUGGAAGAAUCCUUUAUUGAAUUGUUGCUUUUUAAAAAAUAUGCUAAAGAUAU